AUGUGGAGUUCUGAAAGAAAAAUUGCAAUCAAGCUGGUUCUUCUUACCAUGUUUACUCAAUCAUUCUGGUCUGGAUUUCAAUUUCUCACGAACCAGUUUAUAUAUUAUAGGUUUCUAAAGGACGCAGGUCUACCCUACGAACCGUCUCCACAAAACAAAUCCAUUCCUGAUCAGGAUAAAGAAUUGAAAGAUGAAGUUCAAAAGAGGACUGCACAUUUACUCCCCUUAUUGAGUGCUUCAUUAUUAAUUCCUGGACUUUUGUCGUCGUUUAUGAUCAGUUCACUUUCUGAUCAUUAUGGUCGACGUGUAGCGAUGGGAGUUUUGUUUGGUGGUUUAACUUCAAACAUAAUCGUUUCAUCGCUUGUGAUUUUACUUGAACUGAAUUUAUACUUAUUAAUUCUGGGAAAUUUAACGUGUGGUUUUCUUGGCGGAGGCUUGCUUACAUUUUCAGGUCAAAUUUCAGUUUGCUUUGCUGAUAUUACUAAGAUUCCUGAUGAACAAGAGCCAUUAUUGGAUAACUCUAAAUGUCAACAAGCCUCAUUGGAACGUCGACGACUUUCGUAUAUGGGAAUUUACGAUGGUGUUUGUGUUUUAGCAAGUGCCGCAGUGGUGUCAGUUACAGGUGUUCUCAUUGAUCACUAUAGUUUCAUUACAACUUGUUUGAUAAUGUUAUUUCUUUGUUUAAUAUCGGUGGGAAUGUUAUGGUGUUUACCAGAAACACAAUCUUUCAAUAUACAAACAGCUGAUAUCUCUUCUUUUAAUAAUAAUUUCAAUAGUAAUGUCUCUGUGUGUAAUACAGAAUUUUAUUCAUCUAAUCAGUCAGAAUCAUAUAAGAAAAACUGGUUUUUGAAGUCAACCGAGAUGAUUAAUCUAGUUCGAAAUGCCAAUAUUAUCACAGUUUUAGUCUUAACAGUUUUGUUCUUGACAACAUUGACUACAUAUAAUGAAGGUCAAUAUACAUUUUUAUAUUUAAUGGGACCUCCAUUCAAUUGGUCUGUUGAUCAGUAUGGUUAUUUUAGUGGAUUAAAUUCUACUCUCCUGGGUUUAUUGUCGUUUGGAUUAACUUGGAUUACUACUCAUUGGAUGAAAGUUGUUAAACGGCAUCGGAUAUCUGAAGCAUCAGAACCUUUACUUACUAAUCAAUCAGUUUCCGGGUACAAUUCUAUUCAUGAAGUUGAUUCAAUUGAUCAUAAUAAUAACAGUAUUAGUAGUUCAUCGAAUAUAAUUAUUCAAAAUGAAGUAUUACGAGCACGUCGACGUAUGAUAAAGUAUGUAAUAUGUGGGAUGAUUGCAAUUGUAAUUAGUAAAUUGCUUAUGGGAUUAGCAUUUUUGUUUCCUUCACCUGGCCAUAAUAUUGCCGUAUUUGUUAGUUUAUUUGUAUCUAUCUUUCGAUCAGCUGUUGUACCGGUGCUCAAAUCAUUCACAUCAUCUCUAUAUACUUCCAAACUUCAAAGUAGCUUAUUUUCUGUGAUUGCACUAUCUGAAUACUUGAGUCUUCUUAUUGGUAUUGGUAGUUUACCGUAUAUUUAUGCAGCGACGGUAACAUUUUGUUCUGGUGCAGUGUUUUUUGUCUCAUCAGGAUUAGCUUUAAUUGCUUUUAUUCUACUUUUAUACAUUUCACGUUAUACUAAAAAAGAAAUAAAGAAUACUGAUUUCAAUCAAUCGAAUAUUAUUGAAAUAGUAGAUACUAUUAAUAGUUAG